ACAUAAAGUGUAGUGGUGUUCUCACUAAUUAGAGAGAAGGGUGACUGGUACUACUUGUGUACAUGCAAAAGUUCUUAGGCAGGAAAGACUAAAUAACAAGGGAUGGGCUCCUUUAUCUUUCAAUUAAUGAAAGGGAAACAAAACAAAUCUGUCUGCAAUUAAUAAUUAUUAUUUUAAAAUCAUUGUUACAUUUUUCUGUUCUCUUGUCACUGUAAAUAAAAACGCUAUAACAUUGUUUGGAGUAUAAGCAGAGGUGUUUAUUAUCAAUAAAUGGACUACUACAGGAUGUUAGACAAUGUGGAUGGUCACAGCAAAAGAAGGGAAGAUGCAAUGCAGUAGUAGCUCAUUGCUCCUUGGCCCAUGCCUUCACAAGAGGCCCACACUGGUAGUUUUGUGAGCAGGCAAGCCACAGCCCAGAUGCAGUUGAUGCUUCCCAUCAGUGACAUGAGGAUCUCUUGGACAGGGUAGUUAUUCCACUGGAAUAGCAAAGGUAUUGCUCCCUUCUUCAGACAUCGAAGCCCACUAGAAGGUUCAAUGAAAUCUUAAUUUCCUAACUUUCAAUAAAGAUACCGCAACAACUAAUAACGUUAACGUCGUUAGCACUAACGUUAGCUAGGUACUGGUAGCUAAAGAGACAAAAAAAGACACCAGAAGACAUUCGAUUUACAAAAAUCACUAACUGAACAGAUAAACAGAAUUCUCAACAAGAAUGAUACAAAAUACGCUAUAGAAUCAUGAUUCAUAUACUGAGGUAAUGAUAAAACGAGCGACUUCGAGACUAGUAUGGCUAAAAUUAGGCUGCUAGGAAGCUGUGUAUCGGGUAGGAAGUGGGCGUUGCUACGUUGUGCAAAAGGUCUAUUAGUCUUCUUUAUUAAAUAAUUAGCAUUACCGUAGUUCAAAGAGCAACCCGCACUCUUCUUUUAAUCACGCCCCAAGACGCCCGCCAAUGAAAUCAUUUCUCAUCCGUGUGGAAGGGAAGUAAACAGUGACCAAGAACAAUUUUCACGAUAGCGUUUUUAUUAUUGUUAUUUAGACAUUUAUUAACACAGGACUUGGUUGAUAUAUGUUACGUUAUUUAGGUAACGCUAGAUAGCUUCUAACGUUAGCUAGCUAACAGUGGCUAUGGGUUUUCACACUCAAAUGGCCUCCAUUAUGGAGGUGCUAGCUAAUGCAGCCGUGGCGGAGAUCUGUAAACUCGUAGACGACGACUAUGCAGUGUUUCGUUUGGAAAUAACUCAGGGCCAAAAUGAAAACCGGGCAUUGCGGAGGAAACUACAGCUACUAGAAUUGAAGGUUGCACGGGAGCGUGCAGAGCGGACGAUCAGAGAACGCGUCAUCGCCAGUCGUCCCAGUAGUGACAAGAUCCUCGACCGAUACAGAGGAAUGGCAAGAGGUAAAGGACAUCUCACUGGAGGCCACAAGAGCUUUGUGAAGCCAGCAGGGCACAAUAUCUGGAGUGAUGACCAACCAAUCACUGUUGAAGAGGGGAGUGGAACCUCAACCCAGAAAGUUAUCGUUAUAGAGGAUGCAGAGGCUACAUGUCCUGGAGGAUUGUCUCUGGUCAAGCAGGAGAGGACUGAAGCAGACGACCCACAGCACAGCAGAGACAUCCAGACUGGAGCAACGUCUGGAGUGGCGCCCACUGCAGCCACAGAGGACCUAUCCACCGCCACUGCGCCUCAACCCAGGACCCGACGCAGCAUUACGGAGGAGGAGGGUCCAGAGGUGCUGCUGGUGAAGGAUGAGGGGUGUGAGGAGGGUCUGGGGAACCCUGAGGGGACCAUGGUCUUGGAGGACAACCAGACUACACCUCCUCCUGAACCCACAGAGGAGCCAGCUGAGCAGCACAGGACCACACACACUGAGCCAGUAGACAUGCAGGAUGGGAAGCCUGAUCUGCUGCUGGUCAAAGAGGAGACAAUAGAAGACGGACCAGAGAGCAUUGAUCUGCUGAGUGGACUAAAGAUGGGGGAGCAAGAUGGUUGGCUGGAAGCUAACAGAGGAGACUGGGCGACCAUCUUGGAUUCCCAGACUGGUAUAGCUAAGGGCCCAGGGGAUGCCAUCACCGAGCAGGCCAGGACCAGAGGCGACCAAGUGGAUGUCAGUGGAUGGGACAGCAUCCUCAACUCUGGGCUGGGGAACAACACUUUUAACCACAACCAGAAACAGAGAGUGGAACAUAAAACAACAUCUGAAUUUAGUGACAACAGACUGGCUGAGACCAGGGCGAGGCGUAGAUUAGGUCUGCGGGGACGAGGUGGUGUCCAUCUGAGAACAGACUCGGCGAGCGAUGCUCCGUCCUGCUCCUAUAGUUGUGAUUCAGAGAGACUGAUUGCACCUCAGGUUAACCCCCUAACAGGUGCUGCCCUCAGCCCUCCUUCUAUAGGAUCUAUCAACUGGAAAAUGGACCCUGUGACAACACAGACACUCCCUGACCUUCGUCCUCCUCACACUCUCCUUAUGUUUAACCAGACCUCAGACAAUGCCAGUGGCUCAACACUAAAUGGCUACACAAGCCCAUUGACAAAUGACAGUAGUAGUAAUGCUAUCAGUAGAUCUGGUAGCAAAGAGAAGCGCUUCCCCUGUUUGUUCUGUGGGAAAGUAUUUCGUUUCUCUAAACAGGUGGAGAGCCACCAGAGGAUGCACACAGGAGAGAAACCGUUCGGCUGCCACCUGUGCCGGGCCAGUUUUUCACACUUGUCCAGCCUGAAGAGGCACCAGAGAGUUCACACAGGGGAGAAACUUUUCAGCUGCCUCCUGUGCAGGGCCAGUUUUUCACACUCCUCCAGCCUGAAAAGGCACCAGAGGGUCCACACAGGGGAGAAACCCUACACCUGCUCUCAGUGUGAAAAGAGGUUCUCCCACCAGCACCAUCUGAAGAUGCACCUGAAGGUCCACACGGGAGAGGCCAUUCACCUGUACUCACUGCAGGAAGAGGUUCUUCGAGAGGAGCUACCUGCGAAUACACGCACGCCCCAUGAAUAGUAAAAUGUAAUGAAGUACUAGUUUGUUUGUAGUUCAUUCUUUUGGUUUUGCAUAUAGUGACAAUCUUGUCCUGUUUGAUGCUGGUGUUUUAUGAGGAAAUGAUAGUGCCUUAAUGAAUUUUAUCUUGACAUUAAGUAGUAAAGAUUAACCUUUUUCAAAGCAUUCUAAAUUUUAUUUUAUCAAAGCGAGGGUACCAGAUGUACAGGAAAGUGUUACCAUAGUGAGAAGUUAUUCUACAAUACAUGUCACAUGUAUAAUUUUGUGCAAUAAAAGUAUUGUACUUAAAUACAAAA